CAACUUUCUACCGAACAUCAACCACCACAACAUCCACGACCUGUCAAAUUUUGGGCACAGCAUAGCAUAUUUGUAUAUCGCUACUCAGAUCUACCAUCUGCGACGAUGCCCCCAAAGAAAAAGGGCGGCCGCAGCAGCACGGCCGCCGCCACGCCGUCAACGGCCACACCACGAGAUGACGAUGCCAUGGACAUUGACACUCCAGCCGCUGGAACAACACCCGUACCUGCACCGCCCGCUGCCCAACCUCCGAAACCCAAGUUCGACCCGAACGACCCUUGGACAGAUGAUCAGGUCGCCUCGCUGUUCAAGGGUGUGAUUAGAUGGAAACCUGCGGGUAUGCACAAGCAUUUUCGCAUCAUAUCCAUUAGCGAGCAUCUCCGCAACCACGGCUUCGACCCGUUCAAGAAUCCUCACACACGCAUACCGGGAAUCUGGGCUAAACUUGGGACGUUUUACGACCUGGAUGCGAUCGACGAGCGAGAGAACAGCCUUGACCCUCCCGAAGAAUGGGGCAAGCCCCGGCGUUACAAAGACUUCUCUCUACCUCGCGACGACUACGGAGAUUUGAUGCUACAAGCGGCGCUUGCUCCCCCGGGCGACCCGCCCAGCAGCCCACCGCAAUGGGACCCGAACGAGACAAGCGACGAACGUAAGAAGCGCAGGCGCACCGAAGCUGGUACCAAGACUCGCAGUAGUACUGUGGAGGAUACGGAUAACGAGACUUCUGCCCCUAGUCCGGUGCGGAAGUCGGCCAGAGGAGCCCGGAGUGCGAAGCGGGCAGCUAGCAAGGCUCGCAAGACGAAGGAGGAGUCCCCAGAUGGAGAUGAAAGCGAGGAGGAAGAGGAGGACGAAGAAGAGGAAUCCGGCGAUGAGGAGGAAGCAUCAGACGAAGAGGAGGCCGAAGCGUCCACAGCAAAGACAGGAAGGGGAACAAGAGCUCGUCCUGCUCCCAAAGCCAAACCCGUUGUCCGUGGUCGAUCAGCAAGACCUAGUCGCCGCUAGAAGGGGCCUCGCACACGGGGUGUUUCCACACGGGGUGUUUCCACACGGGGUGUUUCCACACGGGGUGUUUCCACACGGAGUGCUUCCACACGGGGUGCUUCCACACGGGGUGCUUCCAGUCGACGUGGCGCCGGUCAGAGUUAGCUGGUUGACUGGCAUUCUAGAACGGAGGGGAUGUUAUCUCUUUCUCACUGCAUUUGGGGCGUACUGGUGUUUUCUGGACGGAACCACAGGAGCAACACGCUACAGGGAUGGAUGGCUAUGGCUUAUUGAUACAUGUUCAGCAUGAUUAGAUACCCCGGAAAGACACAAGUUUGUCAAAUGGUUGAAUUAGAAACAAGAACCAUAGUACAAUACGAACCAUACAUGAAA